AUGGUCAAAUUUCCAAAACCUUCUCUGCGAAAACGUCGGGUAGGUACGAUCGCGCGAUCCGCGCGAUGCGCGACGAGAGACCAUCGGCGCGACUGUCCAGCCGUCGACCCGGAUCGUGUGCUGUGUCUUCCCGAAAACGCUUUCCAGGUGGAUCACAUUCGCCAUCACGAUCGAAGGUUCCCGAGCUGUUCGGUCUCUUGGAUGAUCGAAUUCCUAACUCUACUUAUUCUGGGAAAAUACCGCCAUCACGUUCACAGUCACAUACUGAGGAGACCGGUGAAGCGCCUCACGAACCAAUCGUUGUUGACCCCGCACCUGGUCGGAUCCUUCCGUCUCGCGUUUCCCAAGUGCCGUGGACCGACAACACUUCCAAGGUCCUUUUUUUUGCCACCAGACCAUCGACCAGUACUCGUAGUACUCUCUUCCGGGACCUGUCCAUUAUUAACAGCCAAAAUCCCAAUGGCUAAUGAAGUAACAGAGAACGUCGCGGCACAACACCACGAAAGUCCCGCGGACUUGGCUUUCGUGGCUCCUCGGACGAACGACCUGUCCGUGGGUUCUUCCGUGGAGCCCUGGAGGCAUCACCAUGAUCGGAAUUUGGAUCUGCUCCACAACACCCCCAACGCCAGUCACAGCGACGCAGCGAUAGUAAUAAACAAUAACCUUCCAGAAGCUAAGAGGUUUGAAGAGGGACCUUCCAAGUCAUCGACUUCUCUGUUAGGCAAACGAAGGUCGCCCCCGUCCGAGCCCGAAGCAACCGAUGCGUCACAGACACGGCAGAAAUCUGGGCCAGUAGUGUCAGUAGAACAGCAAGCCUCUGCCUUGGCAGUUAUUCCCUCUCCAUUAAGCGUCGGAACAACUACUGGGAACACGGCAGCACCAGUCGAACCGAGCAACACGACAAGCGGGGAAGCCCCACCAAAAUCACCGUCGGCAAUAACUGUGUUGAAUCCCACACAGCAACAGCAGCCACAAACGGAAGAAGAGGAAGGAGGUUUGAAGCUUCUCUUUGCUGCCAGUCUGCUACAACAAACAUCCGGAGACCUGGCCUCCACUCUGCCUACGGUGCCUGUGGCGACAUCAGUGUCAACACCAUCGAAUAACGGAGGGGCAGCAACGGUAGCGGUUCCAACCGACCAUGAUGUGCUUUGUGGCCGCGGGGGGCUCAUCAACAAGCACCCCGGAAAUGUGGUGUAUCGUAAAGUGGUUGAAUACAACAAGGCCGUUUACAAGCAAGUUCCGAAACGGCACCGUAUACUCGUCCCGCAAAGCAUCGUGCAAACAAUAAGGAAUUCCGGUGGUCGCUUUCUGCAAAGCACCCACACGUCAUGGACUGAAAUUCCACCCCACCGGGCGGUACAAAAAACCUCGCAAGCCCUGCGGGAAAAACCUCGGGGUGACGAGGACGAGUUUGAGCUGCAGGAGGACGACAUUAGCGCCGCUGGAAACCAAAAGAACAGCAGUGAUAGUGUUGGGCAACACAACAGUAGCGAUACUUAUAUUGACAAAAACAACAGCAAUGAAGGAAGUGACAAUGGCGGUGGUUGGAUCGUGGCGACGUGA